AAAAAAAAAAAAGGUCCAAAAAUCACGCGUCCAUCAAAACCCAAAUGAAUUACCGGUCUAACCCUAGCAGGCUGAAAACCUUGUGGAGAAAAGCCCGCACUUUGGUUGGCCUCGCUACCACUUCCGCUGCAGCAACCGUUACCGCCGCAGUAUCUUUUUCCAACUCCGCCACUUCUGCCAUGGACUCUCCUCUCAGGACAAAGGUUUGCAUCAUCGGCAGUGGGCCCGCUGCCCACACGGCCGCCAUCUACACCGCCCGUGCUGAGCUAAAGCCCAUUCUCUUCGAGGGCUGGAUGGCUAACGAUAUCGCCCCUGGCGGUCAGCUGACCACCACAACGGACGUCGAGAACUUCCCUGGAUUCCCAGACGGCAUCAUGGGCAUGGAGCUUAUGGACCGCUGCCGCAAUCAAUCGCUCCGCUUUGGCACCGCCAUCUACACUGAAACCGUCAACAAGGUUGACCUUUCUUCGUCUCCGUUCAGGAUCAUCACCGAUGCGAAAACCGUCCUGGCUGACUCGGUGAUUGUGACCACAGGGGCUGUAGCAAAGCGGCUGAAUUUCCAGGGUUCAGGGGAUGGGCCAGGGGGCUUUUGGAACAAAGGAAUCUCAGCUUGCGCGGUGUGUGAUGGGGCGGCCCCAAUCUUCAGGGACAAGCCUCUGGCAGUGAUUGGUGGGGGUGACUCUGCAAUGGAGGAAUCCACCUACCUCACUAAGUACGCUUCCAAGGUGUACAUCAUUCACCGGAGAGACACCUUUAGGGCGUCCAAGAUCAUGCAGAGCAGGGCUGUUUCCAAUCCUAAGAUAGAGGUGAUAUGGAAUUCGGUGGUGGUGGAGGCGUAUGGGGAUGGGGAGAGAGGGGUUUUGGGAGGGCUCAAGGUGAAGAAUCUGCUCACUGGGGAGGUUUCUGAUUUGAAAGUUUCUGGCUUGUUCUUUGCCAUUGGGCACGAGCCCGCCACCAAGUUCUUGGAAGGCCAGCUGCAGCUUGAUUCAGAUGGCUACAUUCUCACUAAGCCAGGUACAACUCAGACCAGCGUGCCCGGCGUUUUUGCUGCUGGAGAUGUCCAGGAUAAGAAGUACAGGCAAGCUGUUACUGCUGCUGGCACUGGGUGCAUGGCAGCCUUGGAAGCGGAACAUUACUUGCAAGAGAUUGGAUCUCAGGAGGGCAAGAGCGAUUGAUGAGUGAUGUCCCAGGGGAUUUAAAAGAUGCUUUAUUUAGAAGCAAGUUUGUUGUCUGGAUCAAUAUUAGAAUUGGCAUUGUUAUUGAUAUUCAAUAUCUGCUUUUAAUGAAAGUAGAUUAGCUAUGUCUUGUCUAUUAUU